UCUCAUGAAAUCCUUUGAAUCCAGAGUUCUCCUGUCUAUCACUUUUUUUUUUUGGUACCCUCCACCAAUUCUAAAGAAUGAGUGAGAUUAAAGAAGUCGUGUGUAUUGAUGCAAGCGUUACCCGCAAAUCUACAUCGAACACAGUGGAGAUCAGUGUAACGCGUGAAAACGUGGUCGCUUUAGGAUCAAGCGGUCCUCCUCCGUUCCCAACCCCUCACCUCCUUUUGAACAAUAUCGCUAGCUUUGAUGAAGACAACAUGUAUAAUCUCCUCUAUCCAAAGCUCCAAGUUCCCAAUUUAUGCAGAAUUCUCUCCUUCAACAUCGCUUCGAAAGCCAAGCGAGUUCAAGGGCCAUUGUACAUCUCCUUUGACGUCACAUUAAGACCAUAUAUAUUGGAGGAACCAGCUAUGGAAACGUGCGCUAUUUGCUUGGAGGAGGAUCAAGACUUAUCCGAAAUGCGAAAUUGUUCGCAUGUCUUUCAUGAUGAUUGUAUCAAUCAGUGGUUAGCUUGGAGUGAUAAUUAUAAUUGCCCUCUCUGCCGUGCUGAAAUUAUGGAUGACGACCAUCUUCAUGAAGAAACAAAUUAGGGUUUUUAUAUUUCUGAAUUGAUGAGAUUUGACCCCUUUUCUUUUAGAUUCUUUUAUUUAUACAUGUACUAGAUGAUUGCAAGGAGGUUUAUUUAUUUCAAAAUUUAUUAAUGUAGUUUGGUUGAUGAUUUCGUUAUGAAUGUUCCGAGUGAAGUUGUCUGCAUUCUUAAAUCUUUUGGACAGAAUACUCGAACGCAUGUUUUGAAUUUAAGAAGAUUAUUGUCUUAUAAAAAAUUUUGCUAAGCGGUUUG